CUUCAAGUUACACUACACUAGGGUAGGUAUGUACCUGAUAUGCAGGUAGGCAACCGAAUUACAUGGCUACAUAGUCUAUGCACCUAGUUUAGCUUGUUCUGACACUCCCCACACCACGCUUCUACGCUUCCACGCUUCCACUCCUCCCAAAUACUUGGUUCUACACGUUCAACUUCCAAUAGGAUCACACAUAUUUGCGUGAUAGCUACUCGUUUUCGUAUAUGAAUAUACCCGCACAUAAUCAGUACAUACAUAUGACUUAUCCCUUUGAUCAAACGAUACCAAUAGUGUAUUUAAGUGGGUAAUAUCUAAUGUAACGCUGAGGCGUAGGUCCUUACCUACUUAGGGUACAUAAUAUUGACACACGCCCACUCGUCCAUCUGUUCUCUUUCUCUCUUAUUAGUUGUACAUAUUGUCAAAUAACAACUAUACUCGAACAUCGCGGACUGGCAGCAAUGGAUCAAGUCGCGAACAUAGUCCAGGAACGGGCUCCCAUCCUGGCCUCCAUCGCCGUGAUCCUCGUCACCGUGUUUACGGCCUCUAUACUACUUAACAGCAGCGGGGCAUCGAAGCUGCCCUUGGUCGGCGAGGAGAUUGGAAAUGCAGAGAAGCGAAGGAAGGCCUUCAUAACGAAUGGCAUAGACUUUUACCAGAAGGGUUACGAGCUGUUCAAGUCCAAGGCGUUCAGGUUAACUGCACUAGAUGGCGACAAAAUCGUUCUCCCUCGACAUCUCAUGGAGGAAGUGAGACAGCUUCCGGAUGACAUCAUUAAUAUCGACAAGGCAUUCACAAUAAUGAACGAGCAGCACCUCCUCGGCAUGGAACACCCCACGCGAGGCAAGUUCCUCGUCCAUGUCAUACAAAGCGAUCUCACUCGUGCGUUGGUGCGCAUCAACCCUCGACUGUCGGAGGAGUCAUCGCGGACUAUUCAGGAAGAGAUAGGGGCCUGCGAAGACUGGUCUGAGAAGGUCGCUUACUCAACGCUCCUGCGCAUUGUGGCCAUCGUCUCGGGCGCCAUCUUCAUCGGAGGCGACCUCUGCCGCUCAGAGGAAUACCUCAAGUCGAGCAUCGGGUACACGCUCGACUUCGUUGGUGCCGUGUCCGGGCUCAAGCGAUGGAGUAAGCGGUGGAGGUGGCUCGGGAGCUACUUCGUCCCUGAGGUCAAGAAGCUAUUCGCAGAGCGCAAGAAGGCGCACGACUUCCUGGAACCCAUCAUCGCCAAGCGCCGUGUGGCCAUGAAGGCUGGGGAGGAUAUGCCCGACGACACGCUCCAAUGGAUGAUAGAAAAGGCAGCCAAGUUCAACCUAUCCGACGAUGAGCUCGCCGAGUCACAACUCAACCUGAGCAUGGCCGCUAUCCACACCACCACGCUUACCGUUACCAUGAUCCUCUACGACCUCGUAGUGCGCCCCGACGUAGUCGAGGAGCUGCGCGAGGAAAUCACCCGUGUCCUGGCCGCCAACGACGGCGUCAUGACGACGCACGCCCUCUUCGAGAUGAAGCUGCUCGACAGCGUCAUGAAGGAGUCGCAGCGUGUGAACCCGGGCAGUCUGAUCCGCUUCCAGCGCUACGUCGACAAGCCCGUCACCCUAAGCGACGGCACCCACCUCCCCUCCGGCUACCUCAUCGAGACCGCGCACGCCCUUACCGUGAAUGACCCGGAGGUGUACCGAAACCCUGAACAAUUCGACGCCCACCGCUUCCUCGACCUCCGCAACGGCACCUCCGAGGACCUGCUCAAGUAUAAGAACCGCGAGCAGCACCAGUUCGUGACCGUGACCAAGGACUUCAUGCACUUCGGCUACGGCCGCCACGCCUGCCCCGGCCGCUUCUUCGCCGCCAACGAGAUCAAGCUCAUCCUCGCCCGCAUCCUCCUCGACUACGACAUCCGCACUCCCGACGGCGUCACCGAGCGCUACGCUAACCUUAGCAUGGGCACUGAUGCUUUCCCCGAUCCCACCAAGACGGUGCUGUUUAAGAGGGUUAAGAAGACUGCGUAGGUAGGUAACCUCGGAAGGUUAGGUAGCCUGGGUGGUUUUAUGUAUGUAUGUAUGUAUGUAGGUGGGUGGGAUAAGCUAGUGGCCGAGGAGCCAGGUGCUUAGGGGUACCUAUCUAUAAGUAUAUAGGUACCUAUUUGUACC